AAAUUGUCCAAAAUGAUGAAAAUUGCUGAGGUCAAGAAUGAUGUUAUGGGCCAGUUCCAUGAUGCAUUGUACCUUGGUGAUGUGCACGAGCGUGUCAAGAUUCUGGAGAAUGCAGGACAUCUGCCCCUCGCAUAUAUAACUGCCUCAGUCCAUGGGCUCCAUGAUAUUGCGAAUCGAUUAGCCGUGGAACUAGGGGAUAAUGUUCCUUCUUUUCCUGAGGGGAAGAAAGCUUCUUUGUUGAUGCCUCCAAGUCCUGUUCUGUGUGCGGGAGAUUGGCCUUUAUUAAUGGUCAGUAAAGGAAUUUUCGAGGGUGGUCUCGAUGAUGCAGGCAGAGGUGCAGAAGAAGAUUAUGAAGAGACUGCAGAUGCUGAUUGGGGUGAGGCUUUGGAUAUUGGUGAAGUGAAUAACAUGCAAAAUGGAGACAUUAGUAUGGUGGUGGAGGAAGAGGACGUGCAUGAAGAAACUGAGGGAGGAUGGGAUCUUGAGGAUCUGGAUCUGCCCCCGGAUACUGACACUCCAAAAACUGCUCCAAAUGCACGCACUUCUGUAUUUGUCGCUCCCAACCCUGGCAUGCCUGUAAGCCAGAUUUGGGUCCAGAGAUCAUCUCUUGCUUCUGAACAUAUAGCUGCUGGAAACUUUGACACAGCAAUGCGUUUAUUGUACCGUCAAUUAGGGAUAAAGAACUUCUCUCCAUUGAGAUCACAGUUUAUGGAUCUUCACAUGGGCAGUCACACUUAUUUACGUGCCUUGUCCCUGGCCCCAGUGAUUUCUGUUGCAGUCGAGAGGGGUUGGAGCGAGUCAGCAAGUCCAAAUGUACGGGGUCCGCCUGCGCUUGUGUUCAAUUUCUCUCAGUUGGAAGAGAAGCUACAGGCUGGUUACAAGGCGACUACUGCUGGAAAAUUUUCUGAAGCCCUUCGACAUUUCAUGGCUAUUCUUCAAACAAUUCCAUUUAUUGUGGUUGAGUCACGAAGAGAGGUGGAUGAAGUUAAAGAACUAAUCAUCAUUGUAAAGGAGUAUGUUCUGGGCUUGCAGAUGGAAUUCAAGAGGAAGGAAUUGACUGACAAUCCAGUUCGUCAGCAGGAAUUGGCAGCUUAUUUUACCCACUGCAAGCUUCAACUUCCUCACCGCAGACUUGCACUGUUGAAUGCCAUGACUAUUUGCUAUAAAGCACAAAACCUGAGCACUGCUGCCCAUUUUGCCAGGGAACUUCUGGAGACUAAUCCAGCUGCCGAAAACCAAGCCAAGAAAGCCCGUCAAGUGCUGCAGGCGGCCGAGAGGAAUAUGAGAGAUGUUAUACCGCUGAAUUACGACUUCAGAAACCCUUUUGUAGUGUGUGGGUCCACGUACACCCCAAUUUACCGGGGUCAGAAAGACGUUACUUGCCCUUACUGCAGUACACAUUUUGUUCCAUCGCAGAAAGAGAAGCUUUGUACAGUUUGUGAGCUUGCAGAGGUAGGAGCUGACGCAUCUGGUUUAGUCUGUUCGCCAUCACAGAUCAGAUGAUCAGCCUUCUUGCUUUUCAUUAGCAACAAAAGUCAAGUCAGUGGACGGCUUUUAUCUCACAAACAAAGGGGUAGGAUUAUCGAACGAAGGUUUUCAUUUAGAUUAUAGCU